AUGACAAUAAAGCCCUUAGACAUUCUCAUUGGUUCACCUAAGAACCAUCCAGUCCCCAACCCCUGUCCAGCUCCCCACUCACACCCAUCCGGUCCCCAACCCCUGUCCAGCUCCCCACUCACACCCAUCCGGUCCCCAACCCCUGUCCAGCUCCCCACUCACACCCAUCCGGUCCCCAACCCCUGUCCAGCUCCCCACUCACACCCAUCCGGUCCCCAACCCCUGUCCAGCUCCCCACUCACACCCAUCCAGUCCCCAACCCCUGUCCAGCUCCCCACUCACACCCAUCCAGUCCCCAACCCCUGUCCAGCUCCCCACUCACACCCAUCCAGUCCCCAACCCCUGUCCAGCUCCCCACUCACACCCAUCCAGUCCCCAACCCCUGUCCAGCUCCCCACUCACACCCAUCCAGUCCCCAACCCUGUCCAGCUCCCCACUCACACCCAUCCAGUCCCCAACCCCUGUCCAGCUCCCCACUCACACCCAUCCAGUCCCCAACCCCUGUCCAGCUCCCCACUCACACCCACCCAGUCCCCAACCCCUGUCCAGCUCCCCACUCACACCCACCCAGUCCCCAACCCCUGUCCAGCUCCCCACUCACACCCACCCGGUCCCCAACCCCUGUCCAGCUCCCCACUCACACCCACCCGGUCCCCAACCCCUGUCCAGCUCCCCACUCACACCCACCCGGUCCCCAACCCCUGUCCAGCUCCCCACUCACACCCACCCGGUCCCCAACCCCUGUCCAGCUCCCCACUCACACCCACCCGGUCCCCAACCCCUGUCCAGCUCCCCACUCCACCCAUCCAGGUCCCCAGCCCCUGUCAGCUCCCCACUCACACCCAUCCGGUCCCCAACCCCUGUCCAGCUCCCCACUCACACCCAUCCGGUCCCCAACCCCUGUCCAGCUCCCCACUCCACACCCAUCCG